ACCCCAUGUCAGUUUCAAAAACUCGACAUAACCUCAAAUGCCGAAUGUUUUUUGUGUUUUUUAUGUGUAAUGGCACACAGAAAUGGUCAUUGUUUAUACGACCACAACCACAAUUUGCAAAUUUUUAAUAAAAAUGGUUUUAUCGAGAACAGAUGCUUGAAUAUAAACGUGACAGAAUCGGCCGAAUAUAUUCAUAUGAAAGUGCGUGACAUCUCCGAUUUUGUUUUUAACUACACGUCUCACAUUGAUUUACGACACUUUGAGCUGAUGAGAAGUGAGCAAUGUCUAGAUAUUGAUUUCAAUGAGUUCAGGUCGAAUUUAAUUGAUAUGUUCCAACAGGUGCACACUCACGAUAUGUUUUUGAAAUGUGAAAUUGAUCACAAUCAGGGUAAAUUAGUUUUUUAUGGCAAAUCUAAGAUCAAGUCAAUUGUGUUCUUAACGAUUGAUUUACAAAUAACAAACCAGAAGGAGAUUUUUAACGAAAUGAACAACAACAUUUUAGAGCUGCAAACAGCCAACAAAAAUCUAACUUCGCAACUACAACUGUCCAAAACCCGGCUAAGAGACAAAGACAGUGAGAUUGAGAAAUUCAUUCUGAUCAAUAAACAGCUGGAAAAGCGUUUCCUUAAAGACUUGCAACAUUUGAAUUGUGUUUUCAACACAAAAUUGCAAGAAUGUUCGUCUCUUCUGAUCACUAAAAUCCUAGCGUUAACUCAAAAGUUACUAAAAUUAUACCAAGAUGUUGAGAUAGUCAAAGCUGAAUCUCUACUCAAAUCGGACUCAAGUGCGCGUUUAUUGCAAAGCAUGGAAAAUUUGAGGCUUGAAUCGAUUGAAACAUCGAAAAUUGUGAACGAAUUAAAACGGGAAAAUUGUAAUUUAAAAUCAACACAGCUCAGCAAUGAAAAAAUGAUCGCAGAUUUGAACAACACGCUGCAAAACCGGGAAGCUGAAUUCAGGGAAUUGAAGAAACAAAGAGACGAAUUUGAAAAAGAUGUAAAACAAGCCACGCUGAUAAUUGCACAAAAAACCACAGCCAAUGAAGAACUGGCAAGGGACGUUGUCAAAGCCAAUCAAAUGCUUGUAAAUUUCAAUCAUUUAUUGGACACGAAAAAUCAAGAGAUUGACGAAUUAAAAAAUUCAAUCAGUCGUCAGGAAAAAAUUAUGCAAGAACAAAACCACCGGUUUCACGAAUUGUGUAAAGAAUUUGAGGAUUAUAAAGCCGAAUUUAAUGCGGAAAGAAUCAAUAAAUUGUCGCAUGAAUUGUUUACUGCCAAUAAAAAGGUCGAAGACGUGGAAAAAGUUAACCGGGAAACUGCAAAAUUGAAUGAGCUGCUGACGAGAAAACUGGCGUCAGUUGAUUUUCCACGAAGGAAUUUUCUCUCGUAGUACUGUAUUUUGUUAUUAAUUUUUGAUACAAAUAAAAAAUGUUACAAAUGUGUGGUAAUAAAUUAAAUUAAUUGAAAGUA